ACUAGAGUUUGAAUCUUAGCUGAUUGAAAGCAAGGUUUGAAUCUCUGCUAAAAAGCAAUAUGGCGGCUAAUGGUGACAGCCAGGCUAUUCCGAUCUAUCAAAUAGUAGUGUAUUUUUGCCAUUUCAGAUAUUAGAGAGAUAUCUAGCGAGUUUCGAAAGCGAGAGGAUCUGAUAUUCAAUUAAAUUGUUAUUUCUUACCGUUUCCUACCGUGUCCAGGAAGCAAUGGCUCGACCUUUUGUAUCGGCACAAUGUGACCUAGUCGCGUCGUAUAUGGACGGCGUUCAUGUCAAAAUCGCGGAGGCCUACAAACCGCCGAGGAAGAUUGGUCUACCAGCGGCGUACAACAAUCGUUUGCCUGAUGUGUCAAAGCUGACGUAUGAUUUCAGUUUGGAGAACUCGGUACUCAAGAAGAUGUGCGAAUGGCGCAAGUCUAGAGAGGCCUAUAACAAAGCCUUUCAAGCUCGAUUGAAGGAAAAGAAGAAAAUGGAGAAAAAGGAGACUCCUCCAUUAUCAUCGCUGGAUUGCGUGAAACAACAGCCUAUCAAUACACCUGCUCCAGAAACGACAAUACUUACACCGCAACCUUUGUCACUUCCUGCGAAUGAUCUUCAAGAUCAUGCAAAGACCAAUGGAGAUUUGAAUUAUGCCGAUUUCGAUAAUGACACAAGCAGUCCCUUUGACAAUAUGGAACUAAAAACUAUCAAUGAUAUGGAGGAAUUAGCACAAGUUUUACAACCUAGAUCACAAUGGAUACCGGCAGGAAAAUUGGAGAAUAUAAUAAAUGAAUUAACAAUCGAUGAUACUUCGAAAAUUUCCAAGGAAGAGAAAGUUGAUGAUAUGAAAACUCCAGUGGAUAGUCAAGCCGAUGAGGAUGAACUAGCUAAUGUUGAAAAUCAUCGUAGCGUUUCAGCAAUAAUGCAGGAACUUCAAAAAGAAUUGGAACGGCCUGUUAUGGAGAAUUGGAAACCGUGGCCCGAUUUGGAGAGUCCAGAUAGUGACAGGUGCGCAAAUGUGAGACACAAUGAUGCGUUAUCAUCGAAUCACGCAAAAUCGCCAGCGGAUUCGUUGUCGAAUAUGACGGAGGAUGAUUUAAAGUUGGUGAUGCAGUUGAAUGACAUGGGAUUUCCUAAGUGCAGAGCGGCACGCGCGGUGUUAGAAUUGGGUCGUGUACAUGAAAAGAAAAUCGUAGAAUACCUAUUGGCCAUCCAAUCUCUAGAGGAGUGCGGCGUCCCGAAUGACUACGCCGAGAAAGCGCUGAUACUCACGCAGCACGAUCAAUCCAAAGCAAGAAUCUACUACGAGAAUUUAUGUACAUUGAAAGAUUUAGGAUUCCACGAAGAUGAAGUUUCCGCGGCAUUAGUGAAGUGUAAUUUCGAUCGCGACAAAGCGUUAGAUAUCUUGAUCGCUUGAGUAAACGAUCAAAUCAAUAUCUAUAGAAUAUAUAUAGAUCAGAGAAUAUUUUCCGCGACUUAAUUUUAUGUGAAAACAGAGAUGGAAUCUAAAAAAGAAAAAGAAAUUUAACUUUUUAUACAUAUUACAUGAAAGAGAUAUGUCGCAUCUCAAAAUCACAAGGUAUAUUUUAAUAAAAAAAAUAGUAUUCAGUGAAACUAGUCACUUGAAUAAUGGCCUAGUUUAUAUCAAUAUACUUUAAUAUGUAUUAAGUAAUACACUGGUCAAUCAUAAUCAUUCCUCUAAAGAAUGGAAUGAUUGUGAUUGGUUGGUAUAAUAUUUAGUAUAUAUUAAAGUAUAUUAGUGUAAACUAGGCUAAUAAUAUCUAGAGAAAACUAUAUUCAUAUGAUAUUAUAAUAAUUUAACUUAAUCUAUGUUAUAUUAUGUCAUGGAAUUUGAAUUCUUACUGGGCAUUAUCAAACGAAACAUUCGCUAUUGAUAGCUGAAUGCUGAAUAAAUUAUAUGAUCACACA